GACACGAUUGAGCAAUUUAUUGAGAAAGACACAUUUUUACUUUCUCUUUUAUUUCCUAGAAUGUCCUCAUUUUGUUUUAGAAUAUUUUGAUAGUUGUUCUUGAUAGUUUGCCUAAAACAGAUUUUAUUUUACUGGCUGUAGCUGGUAUUUACUCUUCACAAUCCCAACUUUUCCCAUGUAAUAUUGCUGCAGCAAGUUUUUAUUGGAGAUUAUAGAGAUUUAACAGGGACCCCUCCUCAAGCUCGGCCCCUCUCCUCCUCGAGGCUCAGUCCUCUCAGCUGACUUGGCUUAGCUUCUCUGUGCAGGAGUUUCUUUUGUUACCAACCUCCUGUUUUCAAAAAGGAGGCAAAAGUGUCUGGACCUGCUGAUGAACGGAUGGAGUUUUUUCCAGCUGGAGUCUGAAUGUUUACUUUGGAGAUGGAUUUCUAAGGACAGCGUUGUUGAGGAGGAAUGGCGGUUCAGAAGGAGAUCCUGAAACGCUCCCACAGGAGGAAGCUUUCUUCAUGAUGUCCUCCCAUGAUUUCACCUGAAGGUUUCACUCUCUGAGGACUAAAUCCUCCUCUUCCCCACAGACAUGUCUGACCUCAGCCAAGUCUCUGUGUUCUCGGAGUCCGCAGACAUUUAUAAGAAUGUGUUUUGUAACCCUGCCUUUGAGCUGGAGGGAGAGCGAGAGGAACGGGUGGAGGGACUUAGGACGUCCUUCUCCACACCUGAACCAGUCAAACCACCAGCAGCAGGUCUUCUCAGUGAGUGUGUGAGGCGUCUCCGUGAACCGGGGCGUGGCUGGGGGCUGGUACUGAUCUCUGCUGCAGCCCUGCUCCUCCUGGCAGCUCUGGGACUGGCUCUGGCUCUCCUUCUGACUCAGAUGAAGGGAGACGCGGUGGAGGAGCAGGUGGCGUCCACGCGUACCCCAGACCUGCAGAGUGCAGGAAAUGAAGCGUCCCGCGGUUUCACCACAAUUUCUGGUGAUAAAAGGGAAACGAGCAGCACAGCUGCCCCCCCGUCCUCCAGGACUGAGCUUAGUUAUGGGUGUGGGGGUGUGAUGACAGACUCUGAGGGCAGCUUCAGCUCCCCAAACCACCCCGGCUCCUACCCCCCCAACUUGCUGUGUGUGUGGGUGAUCCGGAUCCCUCCCCCACACGUGAUCCAGAUUCACGUCUCUGCCCUGACGGUGGAGGGCCCGUCUCCUUGUCUGUUCGACUGGCUGGAGGUGCAGGAGCAGGUGGAGCAGAGCACCGUGAUCACCAGGUUCUGUGGUAAUGUUGCCCCGCCCACCCUCAACACAAACAGCAGCACGGCGUGGGUCACCUUCCGCUCUGACGGCAGCAUCACCGGCACUGGCUUUGCGGCGCGGUACAGAGCCAUCCUGCCGGAGCAAAGGAGCUGCUCUCAGGAGGAGUUCCUGUGUGACGGCGGUCGUUGUCUCCUGCCGGCAUCUGUGUGUGACGGUCAUCCGAACUGUCACGACCGCACCGACGAGGCAAACUGCAGCAGUAAACACAAGGAAUGUGGAGGCCAGAAGUUUGGACCACAUGGUAAUCUAGAAAGCCCAAACCACCCCAGCCCGUACCCUCACCAGCAGCUGUGCGUGUGGCACAUAUCUGUCGACGAGGGACACUUCAUCACACUCAGCUUCAGAAGCUUCAGCCUGGAAACUCAAAACGUGUGCGAGUUUGAUUACGUGGAGGUGCACGACAGCAUCAGCACCAGAGCUGGGCGAGUGCUGGGCAGGUUUUGUGGCUCCGCGCUCCCCCCAGUCCUGAACUCCUCGGGCCCCCACAUGACGGUGGUGUUUGUGGCAGAUGAGGGAGUGGCCGACAUCGGAUUCAAUGCAACGUACCAGGCUGUAUUUAUUUUAGAUAGGACGUGUGAACCCAGCCAGUUCUCCUGCAGUUCGGGGGAAUGCCUCCAGCAGCAGUGGCUGUGUGACGGAUGGGAUGACUGUCCUGACGGAGCCGACGAACAGGGCUGCGCCAAUUCCACCUACCUGCCUUUCACGUCAUCGUGUGAAACUAUAGAAGUGGAGAUGUGUCAGGGCCUCAGCUACAACCUCACCUCCUUCCCCAACAUCUGGCUGUCCAUUGCUGACCAGAGGGAAGCUGCCACGCUCCUGCGACAGUAUCGGGUGCUGAUGGAGCUGGCGUGUUUCGAGCCUCUGCAGAGGCUGGUGUGUGGGAUGUUCCUGCCUCAGUGCAGCCCUGACGGGGGGGUCCUGCAGCCAUGCCGCUCGGUCUGCUCCUCGGCGGAGCAGCAGUGCAGCCAAGCCCUGGACCUCUUCUCCUUCAGCUGGCCCUUCAACUGCCACCUCCUGCCUGACUCUCAGGACCCUCUGGAGUGUUCCCAGCCUUGAAGCUUUUGGCACAACGAAGUUUUGAACUUUUCGUCGAGAUGGAGCCAAAACAAAAAAAACAAAGUUUGAUCCAAAACUGUUUUUUUAAUCUGGAAAUGUUCUGAAUGUAAAAACUGCAGGUGUACAGAACUUCAGGUGUCAGAACUUUUUAUUCACAUGGAAAAAAAUAUGGAGCAACAGUUACUUUUUCAAUUUUGCAAGUUUAGAAACUUCUUUUCUUGUUUUUUACCUGACCUGUGUUUAGAUGUUUCCAAGCUGCAUGAGUGCAGAGAACGAUGUUUGUUCAGGUCAGUGGAACACACUGUUGACUGUAGCUGACCACAGUCUGGAGGGCCUUCUGGUGAAACUUUUUUUAAAGGCCAAAUGUUAUCUACUGCAGGGGUCUCGAACUCGAUUCAGCCGCGGGCCUCUGGAGGCAGAGUCUGGAUGAGGCUGGGCCGCAUCAGGAUUUUCACAAGAAAAUCGCUGAUAAAACAUUCUAAUGUUCUCAAAUAUCUAUUUAACAAAAAAAAUAAUUAAUUAAAUACAUGCAAAAAAUGAAUGAAAAAAAACGUAUAAUCAGUAAUAAAUACAUAAAUAAUGACCGUACACCAGAUACAGAUGACUGAAGAAACCAUAUAUUGACUGACUGAAGAAAAGGAAUUAUUUUUAUUCAGUUCCAAAUCUAUGUAUUAAUGACACCUCCUUCAUUU